AUGCUCCACGAAAUCCUCCUCUCGCUCUCCGGGCACCCGUCUGCGCUCUUCGAUGCCCCGGACCACGUGACAGCAACUGCGCAUCGCCUACUGUCUCCGCCCGAGACAGAGCUGCUAUCUUCUAUCGGGCAUCUGUCACGUCUGCAUCGAAGUACACGCGAUCAUGUCGCCAGAAUUGCUGUGUCUCAUCCUUCGGUCAUAUGCAGGGCAGUCGCUACUUCAAUUACUUCAUACCACCUCGAACGGUUCCAAUGCAAGGUGCUGGAAGUCGAGAGCCGUAUCCUCAAACAAGAUGCAUCUAUCGUGGGCGCGUACAAUAUCGUACCGUUAGCUGGGGUUGUGAGUGAAUUCUCCGAAUGGACAAGAGUCAUGGAAUGGCUACGGGACAUCAGUAACUACAUGUUGCCUUCGGACGUUCCUGCAAAGUUCGAAAAAAUCAUCGGACAGGCUGCAUCUGGAGCUGCAGUCAUUGAUAAGCUGCGGAGCGAGGCUCAAACAGGAUAUCCGGACAUUGAGGAGGCCGCUCGAGGCUUGAGCAAGGUUGCAGAGACAUCGUGGCUGCGGCAGCUGUCGACUUGGUUGCUAUACGGCCGGCUUCCGUCGUUUGGCCGCUCCGACUUCUUCAUCCAGCAGGAUGACGAGGACGCAGACGAGCAGACCUUUGUUCUACAGAACAAGUUGCUACCCAAGUUUGUGACAAGACAAACAGCCCUUUCCAUCCUCUUCGUUGGGAAAUCACUCAACCAAAUCCGCUCGUUACCGUCAGCUGUGAAGGUAUUAGAUGCAUCGAACUCGGUCUCAGAGCUUGAUCUGCUGCCCAAGCAUGUUCAACAACUCUCUCAAGUGAGCGCACCAAUAUCAACAGCCAUGCUUUCCGAGGCAAUCGCAAAUAUUCGCCUUUCGCUAUCUCGCAACCUUCUGCAACAUCUGUUACCGCGCGAGAGGAUUGUCGAGACGUUGACAGUUUUACAUCAGUUCUUCUUGAUCGGAAGAGGAGAGUUCGCCUUGACACUAAUUGCGGAAGCAGAUGGCAAGAUAUUGUCUAGGCACAAAGGUUCACAGACCGGCAAGUCUGGCCAAUCCGUCAAAAAUGCCAUGAUCAAGGAAACGGAGAUCAGUCAGGUCCUCGCACGUUCCUUCUCCGUUCUGUCGACCCUAUCUAGCGAAGACGAACACACGGAUGAUAUUCUGGAUGUCGCAACUCAGCUCCUACAUCUCAGCGUGAAUAACACAUCUAACAAUCGUCCGGGAACACCAGGUCGCGCUAAGGACGCAGAUUCGAUGCUUCCACAGCUUGCCAACAUGUCCUUCGAUGACCUACUGCUGUCCGUGCCAACGUCUUUAACGAUGGACAUACGCUCUCCCCUUGACCUCUUCAUAACAAAAGCAGACCUUGACGUCUACUCAUCCAUCAGUGCUUCUCUGCUUGCUGUUCGGAGAGCCCAUCUACAUUUGGCUGAGUUAUGGCGAUACAGCUCCAUAAGAAGAGAUCAUCCUUGUCCGCCUGGGUAUCGAUACAGCAACUCUGCGCACGGUAAAGCAAUGCUCAAGCGGCGACGACAACGCACUACGAAACGCGCGCAAGACAUGCGGAAGAUUUGGGCGACAUGCGCAGCCGCUAUCUUUUUCUUUGCCGAGAGCGAAGCUUACUUUCAUGGAGCGGUUGUACAGCAAUCCUUCGGCCAUUUCAUCGCAUGGGUCACCGGUCCUCAAGUGCCUUCACCAGCGGAAGCACUACCAGCAACCUCCGAUCGCUCAAGUGCAACUGGCUUCCGCAAGUCCACGACAGAAGGAGAUAUACAGCAGCAGCAUGAUCCAGAAGCGCUCGCCUCAGCACAUCGCCGCUUUCUGUCUUCGAUCGCAUACUCACUUCUACUUACUGACCAGCCCUUCACAAAGGCGUUGCGUACACUAUGUACUCACGUAGACGAGUUAGUGGCAUAUAUCACACGUCUCACAAGGAUCCAGCAAAAUCUAGAUCUCGAAGAAGAUGAAGGCAUAGAAGAUUACGCGCAGAACUACAAGAAAGAAGAGCGUGAGGUCAGCCUAGAGAUGGAUCGUGCAAGGAGGAGGCUAGAUAGCGACCUCAAGACACUUGUAGAGCGGUUGCGUGAGAUCGAUAGUGAGAGGAUAGGAGCUUCUGCACCUGGCACAGCAAAUGGGGCGUCGAGGGAGGAAGGAGCCUACGAGCCGUUACGAGUAGGAGGUAUCGAUCGUCUUCUGAUGAAGUUGGACUGGAGCGGCGAGGACGAAGAAGAGGAGCAUGAGGACUUGAUAUGA